AUGCUUUGCGCUGCUGGGGCGGCUCUUUUCCGCAAAUGUGCCUCGAUGGUCGGGCUUCUGGUGCGCCCGUUUGGCGCUUUCCCCCGUCGGACCUCGGGGCUUCGGUGGCCAAAGGGCGGGGGCGCCAGGAACCCUCGUGACGAAUGCCGUUUGCCUCGCCGCCCGCGGGUUCAAGCAAGGGGAAGCGGCCGGCCAAUUUUUUUAAUCUUUUUGGCCCCUUUGCGCGGUGGUUCCGUUUCUCCGGCUAGAAAUUUUGGGUCCUCAGGCAGCGGGCUGGAUUGGUUGUGGGUUGUUCUCGGCCGGCCGUUUCGGUCUCCCUUGAAAAGGUGUUAG